GAAGAAAAGAUCGAGGCGGAAAAAUGGCGGUGACGGACAUUGGUCUGCCAUCCAUCAGUUCUUGCUUCUCCUCUCUGCCUAGUUUCCGCCGUCGCGGCUUCUCUCGGCGCAGAUCUUUUGCCGUGGCUGCCAUGAGUGAUGAUCCAAUUCGUGAAUGGAUCCUUUCGGAGGGAAAGGCGACCCAUAUCACAAGAAUAAGUUCUGUUGGUGGUGGAUGCAUCAACCUCGCAAACCGUUACGACACCGAUGCUGGUUCCUUCUUCGUUAAAACGAACAGGAGUAUUGGACCCGAGAUGUUUGAAGGAGAGGCUCUUGGCCUUGGGGCCAUGUAUGAAACCAGAACCAUCCGUGUGCCGAAGCCAUUCAAAGUGGGGGCAUUACCUACUGGCGGAUCUUUCAUCAUUAUGGAAUUCAUAGAGUUUGGAGCAUCUAGGGGCAACCAGGCAGAGUUAGGGAGGAAGCUAGCUGAGAUGCAUAAAGCUGGGAAGUCCUCCAAAGGCUUUGGCUUUGAUGUCGAUAACACAAUUGGCAGUACCCCACAGAUCAAUACUUGGUCAUCGGAUUGGAUCCGGUUUUACGGAGAGCACAGAUUGGGUUACCAGCUAAAGUUGGCAAGGGAUCAAUAUGGUGAUUCUGCCAUAUACCAGAAAGGUCAUAGACUUAUAAAGAAUAUGGAAUCUCUCUUUGAGAAUGUCGAUGUGGAGCCUUGCUUGUUACAUGGAGACCUUUGGAGCGGGAACAUCACUUACGACAAGAACGGAGAACCCGUUAUACUCGACCCUGCAUGUUAUUAUGGGCAUAGUGAGGCAGAGUUUGGCAUGUCAUGGUGUGCAGGGUUCGGACCAUCGUUUUACAAUGCAUAUUUCGAGAUCAUGCCGAAGCAACCGGGAUUUGAGAGGAGAAGAGAUGUAUACUUGCUGUAUCAUUACUUGAACCAUUACAACCUAUUUGGUUCCGGCUACCGUUCCUCGGCUAUGUCAAUCAUAGAUGAGUAUCUUCUGAUGCUGAAGGCUUAAUGUUCGGACACACUUCCAGGGAGUUGACUUGUACGAGAUGACUAUGCUGUAUCAUGUCUUGUAUCAACUUCACGAUAUAUGUCUUCAUGUGAAUAGGGUCUGAAAAUAUACAUACAAGGGCCAUUUUUCUUGUUCUUUUAAACAGCUUUAUGGCCGAAGCCUAAAUCCCGUUUAUAUUCAAUGAUAUUCUAUGUAAAUAUAUUGGCUAAUAAUUUUUCUGUGCUACUAUGUUAA